AGCGCCCUUUGGUAAGCUCGGGAAUGUUUGGAAGAAAUCGGAAUGGAACUGGAAAUGCUGGAAUAAUAAUCAACUGUAGGAUGACCUUACGGUUGUGCCCUCUGACCGGAACUGCAGAACGAUAGUGCUGUAUUGCUCGUUCUGCGUUCGGUCGUAACGUUCGAAAUGAGAAAUUGAGUCGAUCGUACGUGCGACGGGAAGGGUUGUUGAUGUGGUCUGUCCAGAUCCGCCAGGAAAUUCCGAAAACUGAUGCCUUUCGUCAGUUUUACUUCUGAACCGAGUGUUGAGUGAAUUGUCGAGGAUGGCCACUACAUCGAGGCAGCUGCAGCGGGGGUUUGUCAAGGCCUGUACGGCUUUGGGACCUGCUUGUUUGAGCACGUUAGUUGCUCGAGUUGACGAAAUUGUUUCUCGGGAAUCAGUUGUUCGCAGGAUCAGUAGCACAGGUUUAUCUGAAGCCAGCAGUACGGCUCCUGCUCUGGAUUCAGUCUUGGAAAGCCGACAGGCAUGUAAGAUUGAGAAAAGGAGGACUAAUUAUUCGGAAUGCAAUUCUUCUCGGACUAUCAAAUUUGAGGAAUCGAGAGACGAGGAGAUUCGAGAGGCAGCUCCUUCUUUUCAACAUGAGAUUUUGAAAGCAAAUGGUUUUUUUGGUGUGACGUCUCAAGGUCUGUCAUCGCCUCGAGGAUUGAGAUUUAUGUCAGCUGACGCUUCAGAACAUGAAGCAAUCGUACCAGAGGACGAAAAUUCGGCUUUGAAAUUCCUCGAUAAGGCGGAUCAGCCCGUAGCGUCCGAAGAGCCAGAGCAGGACUCGUUGUACACAUCGGCUGAAGGCCCUACGCAAUUUUCCGCUGCCGAUGUUAAUCGCUUCUUCACAUUGAGUUCAGAGGAUGUGGACAUUUAUUUUGGUGAGGGUUUACCCCCUGGAUUGUUAAAAGAGUUCGAAGAGACCAGAGAGAGAUCGUUUCUGAUACGGGGCAGAGUCCUGGAGCUGUUUGACCGGUUCAAGCGGUGUCAUGCUGACACAGUUCAUGCGAAGGAUGAAGGAGGACGGGUGCGUUCUGCGGCGUCGAAGCAUAAACCCCAGUGUCUCUUGGACGGUUUCAUCAAGUCUGGGAAAAGCGCUGCCCUUGCGAUGCUUGUGCAUUGGGCACGAGCACAGGGUUGGUUGGUAUUCUACGUUCCGAGCGGACGAGAUUGGACGAGUGGGGGAAUGUACUACAAGAACGAGCAAACUGGUCUUUAUGAUACUCCAGUUCAAGCAAGAGUCGCGCUCGAAGGGUUCCUAAAAAGUCAUCGAAGUCUUCUGGACACUAUACCUUGUCGCGUACUGAAACCUUUACAAUUGGGAGAAGGAGCAGGUGUCGGGAAGCUGCGGGGUGCACAAGAGUUAACUCUUCCAGAAGGAGCUUCCUUGAGAGCUUUAGUGGAGAAAGGCAUAGCUGUAUCUCAAGCAUCUGUUAGCGUAGUUUUGAGGAUCAGAGAGGAGCUUUCCUUGGUUCAAGAAGCACCGGUCUUACUGUGCAUCGACGAGUUCAACAGCUGGUUCACUUUUAGUCACUUUCAUGAAGCUACUGGAACAAGAUCGCGCCGACCGAUCCAUGCCCGAGAAGUGUCAAUGGUCAACGCGUUUAGGACUAUGGAGGGCCCCAUUAUGAUGGCCACUGCGUUUUCCCAGUCUCUAGCCGUCGGCAAGCUCCCUGUACAGCUGCCAGGAGUACCCAAGAAUGUCCGCUUCCCGAUCCCAAGAUACAGCCUCGAAGAGGCCACGGCAGCAAUGACCUACUAUCACAGUAGGAAGAUCACGUCGAAAGAGCCCUCUUCAGAAGAUGUUAGAAAAUUGUUCUAUCUCACAAAUGGCAACGGCGAGGAGAUAAGAACUUUGGCCCGGCUUUUAGGAUAAAAGUCAUGACCCCUGGUGGGAAAUCGAUAAUUCCAGCGAGUGCACAAGAUCCGCACCACCUACGGUUGUUCAACGGGGCGUGCACACACCACACAAAGCUAUCUGACUCAACAGAGUUCUAUGGGAACCAUCAUCAUCAUCAUCGUCCAUCCGACGACGACGCCUAGCAUGCACUUCCACGUUCUUUUAUCUGUCUACCUGCCAGAACCUGGGGUGGUGCAUUACGGGUUGUGGUGAUACCCACGAUGGUUUCCACUCGAGCCAAUGUAGGACGUGGUUUAUUGCUCAAGUCAGGCAAAGCAGUUUAAAUAUUGUGCUCACAUGAAAGGAAGCACAGCAUCCUUAAAGAUAUUCACGAGGUUGUUCCCUUUCAUAGUCCUACGGUCUUCUAGGUGUUCGUUGUUUACCUCCUGUGGUCCCUCCCUCUGGCAGCCACCUCGGAGACGAUGCUCUUGAAUUCGACGUGAAAAGAAGUCUGUUGGCCCCGUGCACAACCUCCUCUCAUA